GUCAUCUGACUGAAAAUAACUAUUCCGCACUGUUUGUACGAAACUAACCUAACCAUCCGCCGUGGAGGUGACGUCGAACUGAAACUGAGUUUCAUGACAAAGUGUGGGAACAUCACUCAAAAUUUCACAAAUAAGAAAAAUUAUGAGUUCUACUCUUAAGUUUAUAGAUAUUGGAGCAAACCUCACAGACCCUAUGUAUCAGGGAAUUUAUCAUGAAAGUAAGAAGCAUGCACCAGAUCUCAGUGAUGUAUUGAUUAGAGCAUGGAACCAAGGUCUGACAAAAAUAAUCAUCACUGGUGGAAGCCUGGAAGAUAGUAAGAAAGCGUUAGAUGUAGCCAAGACUGAUGCUAAGCUUUUCAGUACUGUGGGUUGUCAUCCCACCCGAAGUCUUGAGUUCGAAAAGAAUGGGGACCCAGAAAUGUACAUUAAAGGCUUGGAAGACUUAUGCACCAAUAAUGGAGAGAAAGUUGUUGCCUUUGGAGAGUUUGGCUUAGAUUAUGACCGCAUUGAAUUUGCUCCUCAAGAUAUCCAGAUUAAGUAUUUCAAAGAACAAUUGAAGUUGAAUGAAAAAUUACGUCUUCCAAUGUUUUUGCACUGCCGGGCUGCAUCUUCUGAUUUUCUUAACAUAAUUGGAUCUCACAAGUCUUUGAUAGAAGAAUGUGGAGGAGUGGUUCACUCAUUUGAUGGAAGUGCUGAAGAUGUUAAAGUUAUAACAGGAUUGGGACUUCAUAUUGGAAUCAAUGGAUGCUCCUUAAAAACAGAAGAAAAUUUACAAGUUGUGAAAAUGAUCCCGAAUGAGAGUUUAAUGAUUGAAACCGAUUGUCCAUGGUGUGAAGUGCGACCUCGUCAUGCUGGUUAUUCCCUUAUUAAAACACAGUUUCCAUGUGUUAAAAAAGAAAAAUGGCAAAGCGGAUCCAUGGUAAAGAGUCGAAAUGAGCCUGCUAACAUAAUACAAGUUAUGGAAAUUAUUGCCAAUUUAAAAGGAGAGGAUAUCUCAAAAUUAUCUAAGCAAAUUUUUGAAAACACAAUGAAAGUGUUUUUUAAAUCAGAGAAAUUAAAUGUUUAAUAUUGUGAUAAAGUGGGAUGAAGAGUAAGAUCAACGACACAAUGAAACAUGAUGAGCUGUUCUCCCUCACUCAAAAGAACUACUAACUACCACAAUAAACUUCUAUGACACCAGGAUCAAUCCAAGCUCAAUUUUAACAAAUGGAGAACCUGGCCUGAGUGAGAAGGGAAAAGCUUAUCAGUUUGAUAACAGGGGCUUAAUUAUGAACUGAUACAACAAUUAAACACAGACUGCAGUCACAGAGUUAGCAAUUCAUGACACUGUUUUAUUAAACUACUUGACCAUA